AUGGCGGACCGCCUGGGGUUGCAGGGCACCAGCCUGAACAACGACGGUCUGUUACAGGGCAAUACGGCGCUGACUGCUCAGGCCGAUAACGUCACGCAAUCUGCUGGUGGCAAAACGCUGAGCGGCAGAACACUGACGCUGACCGCAGGCAAGGGUUAA